AUGGCACUGCAGACCUGUUCCAUGCAAUUCCCGCAAUGGAGUUUUGAAUUCCAGAAUCAGGCUUUAGAAGCAGCAUCGGAGUUUGACCUGCAGGAUUUCAAAGAUGUUGUUUCCCUGAUGUCCACAGACCCAUCAUCUUUGAUGCAACCCAUGUCCAUGACUGAUGCAGAACUGCCUCUUUCUGACUAUGUGUCUGAUCUAGAGGCAUGCAUUUCAUCCUCAAUCCCAGUUGUGGAAGACUCUCUGCUGGAGAUGAAUCUGCAGACAGAUCACUCACAACCAACUGAACAAUUUUGGAAAGACGUGGCAGAAGAAAAUCAAAAAGCUCUAGGAGAUGCUCUGGAGGAAAAUGAACAGCUGCAGGUCACUUUAAAGAGAAAACAGAAUGAAAUUGUAUCACUGAAGGAAAGAAAUGUCCAACUGAAAGAGCUUGCUAGUAAGGCAAAACAUUUGGCAUCUAUACUUGAUAAACUAAUGAAACAGGAAUGCCAGAACACCAGUGACACCAUGUCUGAGAUCUUUCCCUCAAAAGUCUCAACGAAGCGGCAAAGGAUCGAGGACACCUACUUUUACAACCAGGACUGUGAUAAAGUGGAUGAGAUUUUAAGAGAUAUCUCGGAAAAGUGCAAUGCAGCCUUGCAAACACUGAGUGACACGGACUCUAGAUAUUUCAGGAUGAAAAAGUACUCAGAAGAAACCAGUUGUAAUGAAAGUCAGGAAACCAUCAACAUGUAUGGAACUUUCAAUGGGCUUCAAACAUCAAUGGGCUGCCACAUGGUCAGCUCAGAUACCAAUGAACUGGACAACGAUAUGUCCUUUAAGACAUCAAUUCGCAAUCACUGCACAAUAAGAACACUAGCUUUUCCUCAGGGUAAUGCAUUUACAACCAGGACACCAAAUGGGGGUUUCAAGUUUCGAUGGAUUCCCACUUGA